UAAAAUUGAUUGAUAAAAGAUAGUGUUGGCUCCAUUUUUGUUUUGAUAAAAUUUUAUACUGUCAUCAUAAAUAAAAACUAUUUGGAUAUAAGGCAGUGUCCGGUUACAUUAUAUUUGUAGUGUAAAUCAUAUUGAAUUACGCUAAGCAACACAUUUACAUAUAUAUAGUUGAUACAUUGGGCGAUGGUUUUAGUUUGAAGAUAUGUUACUGCUAAUACAGCCACAAUCAAACAUUACCGUUAUCUGUAAACAUUAUUAUCAUUAAAUUAGGUAAAAUUUUUAUCAAAUUUUUUUAAGACAAGAUGGGCAAGCAAUUAAAUUGGGGUGUAGCCGGAGUUGGGAUGAUUGCUCAUGACUUCCUAACGGCGAUGGCGUCUCUGUCGCCUGAACAGCACAAGGUUACAGCUGUGGCUGGUAAAGACUUGGAUCGUGUUUACAGAUUGGCAACGCUCCAUAAUAUUAGCACUGCCUAUGAAGGCUACGAUGCGAUCGCAGCGGACAACACAAUUGACAUUGUUUUCGUCAGCGUUUUAAACUUGCAACAUUACGAAGUAACAAAGCUAAUGUUAGAGAAUGGUAAACACGUUUUAUGUGAGAAACCUAUGGGCAUGACAUAUAAACAAACGAAAUCCCUAGUGGAUUUAGCGCGGGAAAAAAAACUGUUUCUUCUCGAAGGGAUGUGGUCUAGGUUCUUCCCGGCUUACGACGCUUUGGACAAGCACAUCACUAGCGGCGGCUUGGGUGACAUAUAUCAUAUAAAUGUGCAAUUCGGUGUGGAAAUUAAUGAUAUUGAAAGGAAUCUGAUGAAAGAUUUGGGCGGCGGCGUUGUGUUGGAUUUAGGUAUAUACAUGUUACAAUUGCUGCAAUUCAUAUACAAGGAACCGCCGACAGAUAUUAUGUGUACCGGGCAUUUGAGUAAGACCGGGGUUGACGAAUCAAUGUCCUGCGCAUUAAAAUACAAAGACGGUAGAACGGCUACCAUCGCGGCGCAUACGAGGGCAGCGCUCGCUAACAGAGCGGAAAUAAAUGGUACUAAAGGAACCAUACAUCUGGACUAUUUUUGGUGUCCAACUGUUUUGCACAUAUCAGCAGCGAAUAGUACCGAAUGGACGUUGCCGAAGGGCAAAUACAAGUUUCAUUUCCACAACAGCGCUGGACUUGCUUACCAGAUACAAGAAUGUUGGGAUUGUAUUAACAACGGUUUGCUCGAGAGUCCGAAGAUGAAUUUAGACGAGAGUGUACUUUUAUCUAAACUCUGUGACACAAUGAGGACACAACUGGGAGUGCUCGACUCCUAGUUAUAUGAUAAUGAAUAAAUACCAGUAUAUUUAGUUUAGUUCGGUAGAUACAAUACGUAGGAAUACCAAAUGUCUAUAUAGUAAUCGUGCAAGUAUUUACCUCAAUUAACUGUGAUUCAAUUGCGUUGUGACAUGUAUUGUAAAAUAUAUAUUUUAUAUUAUGAUACACGAUAAUUUAUUC